AGACGUGUCAUGUCCCCUAGAGGCAGUCCUGUCUAUAAACAGCAGUGUAUCUACCAUAGUCCAGCCUCCCCUGAUGUACCCCUCUUACCCCCGGCCACUGAUCCCCUCGUUCCCCCCUCUCUCCUCCAUCUCUCGGACCUCCAAUCGGAAAAUGACGACAGUGCGGUUUUUCCCUCCUCCUCCUCUACUUCCCUACCUCACAGCACUUGUUCGACAUAUUUUAAAAACCUCGCACUUGAAGAGACUGUCGAUAGAGUUCUUACAUCAGGUGUAUCCUCAUCUUGGCAGCCAAAUAUACACUCGACGAUGCUGGAGGGUGCUAAGGGUGGGGUUGCCCCACCUAUUUUUAAUUCCGUGUCCGGUACAAUCGAUUCUGGUGUGGGGGUUUCAGAUAUGUCCGUUCCUGCUAGGACCACGCCUGUAACUUCCGCUGGUUCUUCUCCUGUUCCUCCUCUUCCUCAUUCUCUUUUACCGUCUCGUCUUAAGUUGUCUUCGGUGAUGGCCACACCCACUGGUCGCUAUGAGAAAUCUCCAUUUGCUCCUGAGCUAGUCAGGAAGAAGAAUUAUUUCAAAGCAAAGUUGAAUUUUAAAAGUCCUGUGAAACAGGUCCCAAUGAGGACUCCUUUACAUGAACACAAUUUGUCUCUGUCUCCUUGUUUGUGAUGUGUGGGCGUGGCUAACUCCUCCCCCUAACUACUCUCUAUUUGUUGUUCUGUUUUGCAUCUCACAAAGAAAAGUAUAUUAUUAUCAAAGUGCACAAAUACUUAUUUAUUAGUAAUUUUUACUACUUUAAAAAAAUUAACUUAUUCAUAGAUUGAUAGACCAUGUGUUUAGAGUAUGCGGAGAUAUACUGAAAUGCGAAUUUUUAACCCUUUAUCUUAUCCAUUAGUUUAAGUAUGAAGGCAUGUGUUGCCUAGUGAGUACAUUUCUCGUUAAACUGAGCUCUUUAUAUAGAGCAGUGAUGGUAUAACUGACA